GUCAAUUAGUUUUGGCCGGUUGUGUUUAUGUAUAUUUUAAUUUCUCAUAUAAUUAAGGCAAAAUAAUGUCAUUAAGCGGUGCCGAUGACUUAUGGAAUUCUUAUAAAGAGCUAAAAGGUGUCGUUUGGAAAUAUUUGAACCAAACGCAGGCAGAUCUACCCCCGGCUGAUUUUGAAAAUAUUCUCAAGAAGCAUAAGCAAAGUUUUUUUGGCUUGUUACAAAAUCCUCCAAAAAAUGCCAAAAAUCGUGAAGAACUUAAGAAAGGCAUGGUUGAGGGUAUUAUUGUUCGAGGUAUAGGUCAUCAGAUUUUAUCAAAAGAAUUAUUCCAAGAAACGGUUAUAUUGUCAGAUAUGUUUGAUAUCAAUGAGUUCAUAGCUUUAGAUUUGCUGUGCACAGCGCAAAUUCAGAUGCCUUACUACCCAGGUUUGCCCAGAGGGUUGGUAGCAGUUUUAUUGUAUUACGAUGGGCGUAAAGCACUGUUAACCAGCUUACUAUAUUUAGUGCAGGCCAGGACUGGUAUACAAUGGAGUGUGAAUAUUGACCCUGAACUAGCUCUCUUUAUAACCAAUUACACUGACCAGUUAUUAGAAGGAGGUCUAUUUAAUAGAAUUUUUGAACUAUUGAGGACAUUAGACCUUAGUAAAGAGUUUGAAAAGUUGCAGCAAAACUUGGCUCUGGGUGGGCCUAAGCACAGAAGACAAGUAACAGAUUUAUUUAAUGAUAUAAGAAACAUCUUGGCAGACAUUGUUUUUUCUUGGGCAUCCCAGCGGGGGUUGCCGAAAGAGCCCACAUUAGCUCUCAUUAGCUAUUUACGUGAAGUCAAAUUAGAAGAAGAAUCAUCUGGUGUUAUUGAUGAUGUAAACUUGUACCUACAGAUGGGGCUGUUGUCUGCCCUUGAUUUAAGUAUUCUUCACACUAGAGAAGAUGGUGAAGAAAUUGUUCAAUCAUUGCCCGUUUUAUCUGAUCCUAGUUACAUAUCCGCCAUUAUUAAUGAAAUUUUACCAGGAAAACCCAAUUGGGUUAGUGAAGGCCUCCAGGCCAUUUCAACAUUUGGCUUAUCAGUGUGCGUUGCAUCGUUGCAUGUUGUACCUCAAAAUUAUAUGUUCCAGGAAGCUAUAAAUAAGGAAGAAAUUUUAAUUGAUGCCUCUAUAGAAAUGAAUGUUUUUACAUUUUUGCAUAAUAUUUUUUUGGAAAACAGCACAUUAUUCAAAGAACAAUUUUUGUACAAACGAAUUCACACCCUACUCACAGACUUUCUGGUGUACAUGUAUCCUAAAGUGAAGGACUUGAGAAUGAGGGCAAAUGAAAUUGCUAGAACGAUGCAAGUCUAUAUUCGCGAGGGCUUAGAGGCACCAGCGACUUUGCCACGUUACUUUGAGUAUCUGUUACUCAGCAUAGGAAAGUUGUAUUCUAACAAUAUUUUGGAAAAUGAUUACAUGUCCAGUUACUGGAGCCCAAUGGAAAUCAAUCCCAACCAGACAACUAAUAUUAGAGUUCCUCAAAGAUCUGUGUCAUUAUUUAAGUUUAUAAGAUUGGCAGGGGAAAUGCUUCCCUCGACCCUAUUCGUGCCAUUUAUUAAAAUGUUGAGCGGUCUAUCGUCGUCGCCUCAAACCGCUCGGCACUGUUUCAACAUGUUGAAACAGGUGCAUUUGAGUCCGACAUUGAAUUGGGACCACUUCUUUUUAUCCUUUUCACAAUAUUACAUUAACCUGAGACAAGAAGCGCCACCGCAGGCAGACACCGUAUACAGAAAUAGACCUGGUUAUCACAAAGGAGUAUCUCCUCAAGAACUAGAAGGCUUACACGCGGUAUUGCUCUUAAUAAGAACUGUAGCCCAGCAUGAUGACUUCUCGCGCCUAGCCAUGUGCGAACAUCCGGGCUGGUCACCUCUGACCAUACUUCUGGGCCUCGUCAGCUGUUCCGUGCCGAUUCCCCUCAAAGCCGACUUACUGUUGACCUUGGCUGCUUUGUCCAAGAGUACCGAGAACGCCACCCAAAUGUGGGAGAACCUCGAAGCUUCUCAAAUACUCGUCACGAUUCCCACCACGUCCAGUUACGCUCCCAGAGGUAUCGAGACCGAAUUGGAGGAGAUAGAGUCGCGUAUGGAAGAAUAUCCGCUGACCAGAGCGCUGCUGCAGCUCAUCGACACGCUGACGAACUUCGGCAUACCGAGAACUUUGGGCGCCGGUCCCAGGAAACCUGGCUUUGACCCGUAUCUCUCGUUCAUCGUCAACUCGGUGUUUCUAAAGUACCAUUCCAGGUCAUAUAGAGACGCGGCGGAGAAGUGGGACGUCGCGUUACUAUGCCUGAAGCUUUUCGAGAAGUUCUUGAAUCAAUACGACCCGAAAGUGUCCGAUUUUCCGACGAGUUCGGGGGUGGAGUUUAAUUCGCCGCCGGGCUAUCACCUGAUGGUGCAAUUAAAUAACAAAACCGAAACGCUGAGCGUCAUACUGGACGUUAUCGAUGACGGGAAUCGUUUUUUCGACUCCUACGUAUCUUUCAAAGGUCAAGAGCGGGUCAAGGAUUGCACCCUCGCGUGCCUCAACAUCGUCCAUAGGGCGCUCGCGCUGCAACCGAAAAUAUUCAGCGUGUUGGCGAUAUCGUCCGCCUCAUUGGUGUUGACCAGCAUCAACAAGCUAUUGUUGACUUUGAACCGGCGUAGCGGCAAACCGGAUCAUUGUAUUAACAUCGCCAAGUACGUGACGUAUCAGCUGUACUUGCCGAAACACGCCUACGUGGCAGUCAAGAUUUUGUGUCACAUCACGUCAUCGCCCGUCGGUCACAAUCAGUUCAUGAAUAUUUUGUUGUCGCUCGAGGAUUCGCAAAAGGUCCUCAAAAGUGGAUUUUUCGAGUGCCUGGACGCGGUCGGUGACGACGCGGAGACGAUAGUUAACUCCAAGAAGGAGACCCUUAAGUUGCUAAAGCAGUGCCUGGGCUACGGUGCGCCUAACUUAACUCACUUCCUCAUGGGCUUCGAUCUCAAGCGGGACGUAUCGAAAACGGAGUUUCAGUAUCCGGGCGUGAUGGAUUUUCCCCGGACGUGCUUGCAUUCCCUGCUCUCCCUGUUAGAUUCGGCAGUUAACGAGUUCGCGGAGGCCCCGCCCCCGGAUCUCUUAGAGUCCGCGUACCAUCUUCUCUAUCUGCUGGCGACCAACGUGAAAACUAGCGGGCCCGUUUUAAGGUUCGUCCGAUUAAACAAGAGCUUCUUCCGCGAUCAUUUGACGGCGUGCGAAAAGAAUCUGCCGAAAGGGGUGCACGAGUCCAGGCAGAUCGCGUGGCUGCUGAAGACGUUAGCGAUCGAACUGAAGGUGUGCAGCCAGACGAAACAGAUUACGUAUUUGAAGCACCUGAUGGGGUUUUUGACGAACGUACCGCGCGAGGGCGCGGGAGCGGACGACAUGUUUUCCCUGAUCCAGAAAAGUCUGCUCGAAAGCCGGAUCAUCACCACGAACGAUAUUAAGCUGGAAAAUUUCAUGACCAAUCUCAUUAAACAUUUAGAGUUCAAAGGGCCGUCGGUAGAGGCGCCCGCGUGGGAGUUCUUCGACAACAACGCGUUAAACCAAAUCCUAAACGGUUGUCGGAGGAAAGGACCGCCAAAAUUGAUCGAUUUGAAGAAGCUUCAUCAGAUUUUGUAUGACGAGCUAAAGAACCUUCAAGGCACUGCCGCGAUCGGCCAAAUCCAGGCCAUAAAUCAGGAAAUUCCGAAAGUUUUGAAGUACGCUUUGAACCUGAACAAACAAGCGGAGUACAGUUCCGCGUUGGUCGACUUGGCGGACGCGUGGAGGCAGGUGGCGGAAAUUCUCGUCACCCGCAUCCCGCCGGAGGUCGUCACCACCAACGAGCAGCAGAUCGUGACGCUGAGCUUGGCGCUGAGUCUUUUGAAACGGGUCACCAAAACCGACCUGCUGCCGGACGUGGUGCGGUACGUAUCCGGAGCCGUGCUGCUCAUGGUGGAUAACAUGAAGCGUUGCUACUUCCGCGAGCGGAAGUUCAAAAAAAUCAAGACCGACAUUGAUAGCAGUUUCAACAUCUUCACCUACUACUUCAGCUCCGUCAAGAACAUCAUGUUGGACUUGGUGCGGUGGAUUAUAGUUUCGGAUGUCAUCGACGGCGAGUUGCGCAUCAAUUUGUACGCGGCCCUCGUGACGCUGCUGCAAAUCGUCAACGUCGAACCGCACCACGACGAGAUAAACCUCGACGGCAGUCUCUACGUCAGCAGGUUGGACAGCUCCCGGUACAGCGCGAGAGACAAGGAUAACCAACUCAAAAUGUCGGCGGACAUACUGUCGGCGUUCCCGGAGAAACUCGUCGAGGUCCUUUGCCACGACUGUAUAGGAGGUCAAGAGAUUUGCAAAAUACUCGCCAUGUCAGCAUACAGCCACCUGAUAACCCUAUCGGGUAACGUCAAUUGGAUAAUCUACCUCUCCAGUAGGGGAUAUUUAAAGCAUAUCAUUCAAAGUUUGCUGGAUAGCGAUCAAGAUUUAAAAAUCACGCUCGAGCCGCACGCGGAGACGAUGAAACCCCUGUACCUUUAUCUGGCCAAAAUAUUGCUCGUGGCGAGGCUGGCGGGGUCAAGAAUGGGCGCGGAAUUUUUGUUGGAGCAAAAGUUGUUGGGCGUGUUCAGCAAUAUGACGGUGUUCGGUUACCACCCGGAGGUAUCCAAGCACUGGCAAGGCGAGGAGGAGCUUCUGGAAGAUUUUCUGCCCAGCGUCGAGCAGCAGUACCUCCAAAUCUGGAUGCCAACGUUGAACGUCUGCAACGCGAUCCUCACCACGUUAGGAACCGAGAAUCAAUCCGCCGUAGCCCAAGUUAUGUACUUUUUAUUGAGCCACUUGGACGUGGUGGAGCUCGUGCUCAGAUCUGGCCACACGGAACUGUCGCCCAUGUGUCUGAAGGAACUAGCGUUGCUGACGUCCGUAAUAUCGAGAACGGCGAACAACGACUUGAUCAACGUGCUGGAGAAUCCCAACAUUGUGCAGGGCAACAGAGCACAUCUUUAUCGUAUACAGAGACUGAUGCUCGCUUUGUUGACCAAGUUUAUUUUGUCGGACGACAAUGUACGGAAGUUACUCAGUCAUUCCAAUAAUGACAAAAAUUCGUUCCAAACAUCGGAGAGGUUACUUCACGCCAUGCAAGUCGCCGCCAAUUUGCUGUGCUACGCCAGAAAUAUAGUGGCGAAUCACGAUAUAGAGCACGGCGGUGUGGGCGUGGUAUUUCUGCCAACGCUUAGCGAUCCACUGCUGAACACGCAACAAAACAAAUUUGUCGGGAACGGGAGCGAACAAGAAUCCAGUUUGGGCGUGGUCGUGCAGCAUCUCAUAAGUGCAGUGAACUAUCAGCAUCAGGAGAAAGUGACUUUCGAUUUAUUGAGUAGAAAAAUUAAUGAGGUUAAGGACAUGAAUUCGGUGGACCUCAAGCCUUUCAUCGGCGAUUCCUUGGACUUGUGCGAUUUGGCCAUAAAGCGGGAGAAGGCGUACGAGAUAGUGGCGGACCGGUUGGAGAAGAAGAAGCAAGAGAUGGAGUAUUGCGCGUUUAUUAUCGAGAACGCUUUGUACUUGGUGUGGGCUCAUUUGGAUUACUAUAUGCUGCGGGCUAUUCCCAAGCCAAAGGCGUAUAUCCAUUCCAAUACGAGUAUUAGUGUUGACGCUUCGUUAGCGUCAUCCCUAGAGACAACGUGGAAAGUCUCGACUGAAACCAUCAGCAACUUGAAGCAGGGUUUGGUGUCGCUAUUUAACGACAGCUUCAGCAAGCAGCUUUUGGAAACCGCCCAGGAUCGAUCGGAGUCGGAUAAAGGAUUCGUCGAAGCCCUACUAAGGAAAAUUAAAAGGCUCGUACAGUUUGUCCCGGUGAAAUAGUGACGUUUGCAUUUGUUAGUUGUUAAUAUCAUUCUGUAAUAUAUCGA